GCCCACCGCGUUGCGCGCUCCAGCGGUCUUCUAGUCGCUGCCACCUUCGUUUUGCAUCUUCGAGAUUAGAUUACUAUAUUUCCUUCAUCAGGAUGCUGUCGCUCGCUUCAACAUUUUUCCUUCUUUCAUCGGGCACGAGCGCCUCCUUACUCCACCAUCACUAUCAUGAGGCUCCUGUAAGGAGGAGUGGAGGCUACGCAACGGGCGGCGUGUACACGCCAACGCCUAUUGCGCCAACGCCACAGCCGACGGGCGGGUACUCGCCAGGGAAUGGGAGCUCUAGUGAUUGUGAUGCGCACUUUUGGAUGGAGCAUGUGAAGCAUCAGGGACUCGCCUCAUUCAACAACGACACUUCCUACCAGGUUUUCAGAAACGUCAAGGAUUACGGUGCCGUUGGAGAUGGGGUGACGGAUGAUACGAAAGCCAUUCAGAAGGCCAUCACCGACGGAAACAGAUGCGCCCCGACUGUCUGCAAAUCGACCACUAGGACUCCAGCUACGGUGUACUUUCCGGGCGGGACAUAUUUGAUUUCAGAGUCAAUUAUCGAUUAUUACUACACGCAGAUUAUUGGAAACCCGAACUGCCUUCCGACGAUCAAGGCGAGCUCGAACUUCUCGACCGUCAACGUGGACGGGGAUGAUAUCGGGUACCUAAUCGAUGCCAGCCCGUACGGCGCGAAUGGUUUGGGCUUCGGUGCUACGAACACUUUCUUCCGCCAGAUUAGAAAUCUUAUUCUUGAUUCGACAAAUGUCAAAUCGAAGACCAUCCUGAGGGGUAUCCACUGGCCAACUGCCCAGACAACAUCUCUGCAGAAUGUCGUCUUCAAAAUGGCAGCCGGAAACGGAACGAAACACGAAGGCCUCUUCAUCGAGGAGGGCUCAGGAGGUUUCAUGAACGACCUCGUAUUCCAGGGCGGCCAUUAUGGAUUGAACGUUGGCAACCAGCAGUUCACCAUGCGCAAUCUGUCUUUCAGCAACGUUGACACAGCUAUCAAUCAGCUCUGGGACUGGGGCUGGACGUACAAGAGCGUUUCGAUUGACAAUUGCCGCGUGGGCUUGAACAUGUCGUCUUUGAAUGGGGACGGUGGGCUGACUGUUGGAUCUAUAACGCUCCUCGACAGCUCCAUUACCAACACACCGAUUGGCAUCGUCACCGGCCGCACCAAGAGCUCGCAGCCCGACAGCGCAGGUGCAUUGUAUCUGGAAAAUGUCAAGCUUGCGAAUGUUCAACAGGCUGUCGUCGGCACCAAUGGCACUCUCCUCGCUGGAUCUUCUGCCACGACUGUUAUCAAUGCUUGGGCAGACGGACAUAGGUAUCUUCCUGAGUUCCCAUUGGGUCCUCAGACGCAGACUCCUCUCGCACCGGUCGAGGGUACUGGCCCUAUUGCUGCGACCAAGCGACCAGGGAGCCUGCUGGACUCCAUGGGCAAGUACUAUGAGCGCUCCAAGCCUCAGUAUGAGACGUUGUCGGCAGAUAAAUUUUUGAGCGCGCGCACGCUCGGUGCGAAAGGUGAUGGCAAGACGGACGACACGAAGGCGUUGAACGACGGGCUUCAAAAGGCGAAGGCGGAAGGCAAGGUUCUUUUUGUCGAUGCUGGGUACUACAAAGUCAGCGGCACGGUCUACGUGCCCGCCGGAUCGAGGAUCGUUGGCGAAGCCCUCUCGUCGGUCAUUUUGGCCAGUGGUUCGUUCUUUGGGGAUAUGGAGAACCCAAAGCCUGUUGUUCAAGUAGGAAAGCAGGGCGAGCACGGUUCGAUUGAAUGGUCAGACUUUUUCGUCAGCACGCAAGGUCCCAAUGCGGGCGCCAUCCUCAUCGAAUACAACCUAUUUAGCACCGGCGAGCCUGCUGGCCUAUGGGACGUUCACACCCGCAUCGGCGGCUUCGCUGGUUCACACCUCCAGCAGGAACAGUGCAUCAAGGAGCCCGAGAUAACCACUACAGCCGCCAACCUGAAGAAGGAGUGCAUCGCGUCCUACCUCUCCCUACACAUCACCCCCUGGGCGAGUGGCGUCUACCUGGAGAACAACUGGCUCUGGGUCGCCGACCACGACCUCGACGACUCCCUCAACAACAACACCCAAAUCACCAUCUACGCGGGCCGUGGUCUUCUCGACCAGAGCGUGCAGGGCCGAGUCUGGCUCUACGGCACGGCAGUCGAGCACCACGUCAAAUACGAAUACCAAUUCGUCGGCACGCGGGACGUCGUCAUGGGGCAGAUCCAGACCGAGACAGCAUAUUACCAGCCUAACCCCGACGCCACCCUCCCCUUCCCCGAAAACGCCGCCCUCUUUGACCCAGUGUUUACUACUUCCCAACCAUCAAACUCCACAUCCAACUCUACACACCCCGUCUCCCCUAACAACGCCUCGGGUUGGGGCCUGCGCAUCGUGCGCUCGUCCAAUCUUCAUGUCUACGGCGCAGGCCUGUACUCCUUCUUCGACAACUACAGCACCAAGUGCUCGGACGUGGCGUCGGAGGGCGUGUGUCAAACACGCAUGGUCAGCAUCGAGGGAGAGGGGUCGACCCACGAUGUCAAUCUGUAUAAUUUGAAUACUGUGGGGAGUACGUGGAUGGUUACCAGGGAUGGCGUGGAUUUGGUGGCGAAUGCGGAUAAUAAUUCGACGUUUGUGGAUGGGAUUAAUGUUUUUAGGGUUUGAGCUCAAGGUCCAACGGCUUGAGUCGAGUGUUUGAUUGAGGUUCAUAGAUUGUAGUUGUAAUUCCUAGUGAUAUGGCAGGGAAGUCCCAUUCCUUCCACCGCAAGCGCAGUAGCAAUUGAGGCAGGCACAUGCGACUCCUUCCC